AUGAAUGCAAAAGCAUCCCUCAGAAUCGCCGUCCUUGAAACAGGCUAUCCGCCAGAAAGAGCUGCUGCUAAAUAUGGCAAUUAUGGGAGUCUUUUCACAAGAUUUCUCGAAGCUAGUGUGGCAAAGCUCGCUACACCAGAAUUCCCCAGUCUCGAAGUCACCAAGUGGGAUGUUCAGAAGCUUGAGCAGUACCCGUCUUUGGAUGAUAUAGAUGCGAUCUUAAUGAGCGGAUCGGCCUCGUCUGCAUUCGAUAAUGCACCGUGGAUCAUCAAGCUUGUUGAGUUCACCCGUAUGGUUCUCAUAGAACAAACUCGUGUCCGUAUCAUAGGCAUAUGUUUUGGACACCAGAUUGUUGCACGCGCACUCGGUGUUAAGGUGGAUCGGGGCGCGCAAGGCUGGGAGGCUUCAGUUCUACCGAUGCAGCUAUCACCCCUCGGGAAAAUAAUAUUUAGUGGGAGAGAUACUUUGAAUCUACAUCAGAUGCAUAGAGACAUUGUAACUGAACUACCCGAAGGGGUCCAACUUCUUGGAUCUACACCCGUGUGCGAAAUCCACGGCAUGUACGCACCAAAGCGUCUUAUCACAGUGCAAGGUCACCCUGAAUACAACAGUGAAAUUGUCAGUGAAAUUCUGCAAUUGAGGAAAUCCGUCGGCUUAAUUUCUCAGGAUAUGUUUGAGGAGAUGAUGUCUAGAGUCAACAAUAAACAUGAUGGUUUAGAGUUUGGAGUGGCAGUUCUAAAAUUUUUGAAUGAGUAA